AUGUUGACCUCGGCGCACAUCCACUCGCUCACGCUCCCCGAUGCGCUCUUCUCAUCCCCCGUCUACUCUAUCGUGUGUCCGGUCGUGCUCGGGGCGGCGAUUGGCUACGCGACAAGGCCAGACAAGACCAAGGCGAUCUACCGCGCUCUCAAGCAGCCGCCCUUGAAUCCUCCCGCGUGGCUCUUUGGGCCUGUAUGGACGACGUUAUACGCGGGUAUGGGAUACGCGUCGCACCGCGCUUGGGUCGCCGGCAUCAACUCGUUGGAUCCCGAGGUCGUGCACGCUACGAAGGUCGGCGCGGGCUUGUACCUGGGACAACUGGUUUUGAACUACGCUUGGAUGCCCCUCUUCUUCACAUUCUACCGCCCGGUCGAAGCGACAGCCGACAUCGUAGCGCUUAUCGGAGCCGUGGCGACACUGGCGCACACAUGGCACCAAGUCGACGAGACUGCAGCAUGGAUUCUUGCGCCAUACCUCGCAUGGCUGGCCUUCGCUACAUAUCUUUCGGCUGGCGCUGGAUACCUCAACAACUGGGAUUUCUCCCGAUUCAAGGGUGCUGCAGACAGGGAUAUCAAACGUGACUGA